AUGCCUGUUGCAAAGGAUCUCCUUCAUCCUUCUCCAGAAGAGAAGAAGAGAAAACACAAGAAGCAGCACCUGGUGCAGAGCCCCAAUUCCUAUUCUAUGGAUGUGAAAUUCCCAGGAUGCUAUAAAAUUACCACCGUCUUUAGCCAUGCACAAACAGUAGUUUUGUGUGUUGGUUGCUCUAGUGUCCUCUGCCAGCCUACAGGAGGAAAAGCAAGGCUUACAGAACGAUUUUCCUUCAGACGGAAGCAGCCCUAAAAGCACCCUGAGUCAAGAUGAAUGGGAAACCAUCCGAAUAAACACAUUUUGGAUAAAAAGAAAGAGAAAGAGAGAAAGAAAAGAAAAGAAAAGAAA